GAUUGGAUGUAUCAAGGAUAUUUUAGAGAUAUUAAUAUGGGUAUAAAUGAUAAAAUUAAGUUGGGAGAUACAUUUGGUGAACAUGAUUUGGGUUAUCCAGUUUUUAUUUCAGGUGAAAGUAUUGAAAUAGCAUAUCACCCAGAUUUAACACAAGUUAAUAAUUAUAUUAAUUGUUGUGCUAAAAAAUAUAAAGAACAAAAUAUUAUAAAAAUUAAAGAAGAAAAAAUAAACGAAUAUUUAAUGCUUAUAAUAAUUAAAAAAGCAAGAUCAUCUGUUCCAAUCUCAAUUUCACAAAAACCAAUUUUAAUUCCUCAACCAUCUGUUCCAAUUUUAAUUCCACCGAAUAUUAUACCAGAAAAAUCUAAUGAUAUAAAUGAUAAAAAUAUAUUUAAUAGUAUAAAAGAAGAAAUAACAGAUUCAAUUAAAACAAAUAAUGAUAUAAAAGAUCUUAUAGAUGAUUUAAUUUUAAAACAAGAUGAUAAAAAUAAAUUACAUAAUCUUAGAAAACAGAA